AUGGCGCAAUUAUUUCAACAAACAUUAGAUUCUAAUGUUUUCUUGAGUGGCGAAAAAAUCAGUGGAUCGGAUGUUAGAGAUCAACAUGUUCUUGCGGCGCAAACACUUUCAAAUAUACUUAAAUCAUCACUUGGUCCAGUGGGAUUAGAUAAAAUGUUAGUUGAUGAUAUUGGAGAUGUAACAGUUACAAAUGAUGGAUCUACAAUUCUUUCAUUAUUACAUGUUGAACAUCCCACAGGGAAAAUGCUUGUUGAAUUAGCGCAACAACAAGAUAAAGAAGUAGGAGAUGGUACUACAUCGGUAGUUAUUAUUGCGGCGGAAUUACUACGUCGUGCAAAUGAACUGGUAAAAAAUAAGAUUCAUCCAACAACCAUUAUUACGGGUUAUCGAUUGGCGUUAAAAGAAGCUAUAAAAUAUCUUACAGAAAUGCUUCAAAUUAAAACGGAACAUCUUGGAAGAGAAUGUUUGUUAAAUGUUGCUAAAACAAGCAUGUCAUCGAAAGUGAUUGGAAGUGAUUCUGAUUUUUUUGCGAAUAUGACGGUAGAUGCUAUUCUCUCAGUUAAAACAGUAAAUGCCCGUGGUGAAACAAAAUAUCCAGUAAAGGCAGUCAAUAUUUUAAAAGCACAUGGGAAAAGUUCACGAGAAUCAGUCUUAAUUAAAGGGUAUGCUAUAAACUGUACUGUUGCAAGUCAAGCAAUGAAGACUAAAAUUACGAAUGCAAAAAUUGCAUGUUUAGAUAUGAAUUUGCAGAAAGCGCGUAUGGCAUUGGGUGUGAAUAUUGUGAUUGAUAAUCCAAAUCAACUAGAACAAAUUAGAAAACGAGAAAGUGAUAUAAUUGUAGAGAGAAUUCAAAAGAUUCUUGCAUCGGGUGCAAAUGUUAUAUUUACAACUAAAGGCAUUGAUGAUCUUUGUUUGAAACUUUUUGUAGAAGCAGGUGCCAUGGCAGUAAGAAGAUGCAAAAAAGAAGAUUUAAAAAGAAUUGCAAAAGCAACAGGUGCAACCCUUAUUAAUACAUUAUCAAAUUUGGAAGGAGAAGAAGUUUUUGAAACAAGUUACCUUGGAUAUUCAGAUGAAGUUUCGCAAGAACGUAUUUCUGACAAUGAAUGCAUUUUUAUUAAAGGAACUCGAUCAUUAUCAUCGUCAUCUAUUAUUCUGAGAGGCCCAAAUGAUUUUCAAUUAGACGAAAUGGAGCGUUCUCUUCAUGAUUCUUUAUCAUCCGUCAAACGAACAUUAGAAAGUGGUUAUGUCGUUCCAGGUGGAGGCGCUGUCGAGACUUCUCUUAGUAUUUAUCUUGAGAAUUUUGCAACUACAUUAGGUUCUCGAGAACAACUGGCCAUUGCUGAAUUUUCCUCCGCCUUGUUAGUCAUUCCAAAGACUCUCGCUGUUAAUGCAGCCAAAGAUGCAUCUGAGCUUAUUGCUAAGUUACGUGCUUAUCAUGCUGCUAGUCAAAAUGAUACAAAAAAAAAUUAUCUAACAUAUGGAUUAAGUUUACCAGAAGGAAAAAUACGUGAUAAUGUUAAAGAAGGAAUACUUGAACCUUCUGUUUCUAAGAUUCGAAGUCUUAAAAGUGCUGUUGAAGCAUCUAUUGCUAUUCUUCGUAUUGACACCUCAAUUAAACUUGAUCCUGAAAAACAAGAACUACCACAGGAUGGUCAUGAACAUUAA